AUGGUUCCAACUUUAUAUAUUGUAAUUUGCCUGUUGUUUAUUCCGGCGACAUCAAAGGCUUCGGAUACUUUGCUAACCAGGCUCCGCCGGCAGUCAACCAUUUGCAAUCCGGACCCCAAAAAUCCGCCGGAAACGAUGCCGCAAUGCUUCUGCUGCGUUUGUGCUGGGAUCUCACCUUUUUGCCAGGCACCAGUCACAAGAACUACACCUAGGACUACAUUCAAGACUACGAUCAAAACUACCUCAAAAGUGACUACGAGAGCUACGACCAGGGUUUCAACGUUGAAGACAACUCUACGACCUGUGCCCUGCGUGGAUGUGAACAACAACUGCCCCUCUUGGGUCUCGAACGGAUUCUGUACUAAUACGGCUUACUCCAUACAACAACGCCAGCAGUACUGCGCGAGGAGCUGUAACUUGUGUGGUGCGCCGUUGGCGUUGGCUAGCUCCACUAAAACACCAUGUGCGGAUACGAAUACAAACUGUUCCACGUGGAUCAAGAACGGCUUCUGUACCUCAACAAGCUACACCCUAGCCCAACGUCAAAGUUAUUGUGGGAAGAGUUGUAAACUGUGU